AUGCCUAUUGACGAGAACGAAGGGCAAUUUGUUGAUUUUGGUCCCUCCGAGGCCACCCCGCUCCUGCGCAAUAAUUCCGUCCAGCAGACGAGUCACCAUGAAAUCUCCUAUUCCGCAACGGAUGUUGAAUCAGCCUGCUCAUACAAAGAUACGAGAGAAGAAGCCAAUAGUCGCUGCUUAUUCAGUGCAAGCUCUGCAUCUGAAGAACACCAUGCCAAGCCAGCUUCUAGGGCUGGUUCUCCCAACCAAGAGUCGAGCGUCUCAAUCCACGAAAAUGAAUAUGCCUCGAGAUUCAUUGACAUCUCGCCGGCAAGGUUCUGGAUCAUCUUUAGCGGCAUCAUGAUGGGCUACAUGAUCGGCUUCUUCGACUCAACCCUCAUGGCCUCCAGCCAUCCAGUAAUCACCUCCUACUUCAAAGCAGCCAACUCAGCUUCCUGGCUAUCGACGGCCUUCUUGCUGACAUCCACCGCAUUCAUGCCUCUCUUUGGACGUGUUUCCGAUGCAUUUGGCCGGAAACCUGUGUAUCUUUUCUCGAUUGCCAUGUUCUUCAUCACGACGGCAGGUUGUGGCUUGGCGCAAAAUAUCGGCAGUUUUAUCGCUGCUCGCGCGCUUUGUGGGCUUGGUGCGGGUGGUAUCUUCUCCAUCGGUCAAAUCAUCUCCAGUGAUUUGGUACAUCUCGAGUAUCGCGGGGUCUACCAGUCCUACAUUAACCUGUGUCUCGGCACUGGCAGUAGUCUCGGUCUGGCUUUUGGUGGUUACCUGUGUGAUCAUAUCGGCUGGCGGGGCGCGUUUCUCAUCCAGCUGCCUUUCAUCUUCGUUUACUUCAUCGCAGCUGCUUGGACGGUCCCGGCGGAUCUCGGCAUCAAACGAACUGGAAUGGAACGCAUGAAAGUCUGGCAGUUAGUCCGCAGUAUCGAUAUAAUGGGAUCAUUCAUCUUGAUUAUGUGUGUGACUCUGUUGAUUAUUGGACUGAACUUUGGAGGAAAUGUUUAUCCUUGGAGCCAUCCGCUCAUUGUCACCUCCCUGGUGUCAUCGGUAGUGCUAGCAAUUAUCUUGGUGCGCUACGAGCUGCACGUCCCACGGCCCGUGCUACCAAUUGAGCUCAUGUCAAAGGAUCCCCGAGCAAGUAUUAUCUUUGGCAAUUUCUUUGCCGCUAUGUCUAUACACACCGUGUUGUUCAAUGCGCCGCUGUAUUUUCAGGCUGUCAAACUGACCAGCCCAACUGCCUCUGGUUUACGCCUUGUGGCUUCUUCCAUAGCGGUCACCAUCUCCAGUGUGAGCACCGGAUUCAUGAUUAAUUGGACCAGACGCCUAAAGCCUUUCGUCAUGAUCGGUGUCUGCUUCAUGGUGAUCGGUGGAUGCGCACCUGCCUCCAUGGGCAUUGAUACCUCUCAACCACUGUCCAUGAUCUGCAUCUCAUUUUCCAGUCUAGGCCAGGGCUUUGCAUUCCCCAGUCUGAUGGUAUCUAUUCUCGCAACUAGUGAGCAACAAGAUCAGGCUGUCGCAACAACGACUCUUGGUCUGUGGAGAAACCUGGGCGCCGUGAUGGGUGUCGCAGUCAGCAGCUGGAUCUUCCAAAAUAGUCUCAUAUACCAGCUCAACCAAAACGUGACUGGUAAUGGGAAGGAACAUAUCAUUGCACUUGUCCGCAAAUCCGUUCGUACCAUUGCCCACUUGGAUCCAGUCCAUCGACGAGAAGUCACUACGUCAUACUCUGCGGCUCUUCAACUCACCUUCAUAUCCGCCGCAUUUUGGGCAGUCAUUGUAUUAAUAUUUUUGGGCCGGGUCCGACUACCGCGAUUGGGGAGAAAAGCGUAA